CGGCGCUGUUGUUGUGGCGGACCGACGGAGGCGGGACCAACCGAUCAGCGGCAGCAGCACCGAGAGCAGCGGCGUUGACACGGCACAGUGCGGAUUGACUGCGCGUUAUCUUUUACAUGAUUAAAACACCGCGCGGGGAGGAACACGCACACGGAUCGAUAGAAACAUAGCUUCGGUAUCUAGUCCGUCAUGGAGUCCUAUGACAUUUUAGCUAACCAGCCCGUUGUGAUUGAUAAUGGCUCGGGGGUUAUCAAAGCUGGUUUUGCCGGUGACCAGAUCCCCAAAUACUGUUUCCCUAACUAUGUGGGGCGUCCCAAGCAUGUGCGCGUGAUGGCCGGAGCCCUGGAGGGGGACCUCUUCAUCGGACCCAAGGCAGAGGAGCACCGGGGCCUGUUGUCGGUGCGGUACCCGAUGGAGCACGGCAUCGUGAAGGACUGGAACGACAUGGAGAGGAUCUGGCAGUACGUGUACUCCAAGGAGCAGCUGCAGACCUUCUCCGAGGAGCAUCCUGUGCUGCUGACUGAAGCUCCUCUCAACCCCAGCAAGAACCGGGAGAAGGCCGCCGAGGUCUUCUUUGAGACCUUCAACGUUCCUGCCCUCUUCAUCUCCAUGCAGGCCGUCCUCAGCUUGUACGCCACGGGCCGGACCACCGGUGUGGUGUUGGACUCGGGCGACGGCGUGACCCACGUGGUGCCCAUCUACGAGGGCUUCGCCAUCCCGCACUCCAUCAUGCGCGUGGACAUCGCCGGGCGGGACGUGUCGCGGUACCUGCGCCUGCUGCUGCGCAAGGAAGGCUACAACUUCAACACCUCGGCCGAGUUCGAGGUCGUCCGCACCGUCAAAGAGAGAGCUUGUUAUCUGUCUCUCAACCCACAAAAAGACGAGACUUUAGAAACAGAGAAGGCGCAGUACGUUCUCCCGGAUGGAAGCACUUUAAAUAUCGGGCCGGCCAGGUUCCGGGCUCCAGAGCUGCUGUUCAGACCAGACCUGAUCGGGGACGAGAGCUCGGGGAUCCACGAGGUCCUGGCCUACGCCAUCCAGAAGUCCGACAUGGACCUCCGGCGCACGCUCUACUCCACCAUCGUGUUGUGUGGCGGCUCCACCCUCAUCAAAGGUUUUGGGGAACGACUACUAACUGAAGUCAAGAAGCUCGCACCCAAAGACGUGAAGAUCAAGAUCUCGGCUCCCCAGGAGAGGCUGUACUCCACAUGGAUCGGCGGCUCCAUCCUGGCAUCGCUGGACACCUUCAAGAAGAUGUGGGUGUCGAAGCGAGAAUACGAAGAAGACAGAGCACGCGCCAUCCACAGGAAGACCUUCUAGUGGGGGGGGGCACCCCCUCCCGCCCUGCAAACCCCCCCCCCUCCCCAGGAACUGCCCUCAAAUCCUCCCCCAUCACACUGUCGGAGACGCCUACACCCCGUCCCCUCCCGGGUACCUUGGUGUAACCACCCCCUAUCACCACCCUUUCGGCCUCCUGCUUACAACCCCCAGCCCCCCCCCCAUCCACACAGAGAAACCACAUGUUUACAUGUGCUAGUUUCUGUAUUUACCUCCUUUUUCAUCCGCCUCCUAGCCCCCCCCCGCCCCCCUUCUUUUUUUCCCAUUGUAGGGCGACGAUGACGGCGACCCUCUGCGCUCCAAACAACCCCAUAAUCCCCCCCGGGGGGGCGUCGGGGUGUCUGAGGGGGUGUGCACUGUGGACUCUGUACCUACAGGUCGUGCUGUGUGAUUAAUAAGCGAGUCCAUGUUGAAGUAUUGGCGUCGCUCUCUCGUCUCCAGGAGAAAAACCACACGUCAACAAACCUGAACGGGGUUUUUGUUGUUUUUGCUACUGUUGAAAUUGUCCAUUCCAAGACCGAAGAUUUGGGGUUUUAUUUCAUGUCUGUUUUUUGGCGACUGUCUUCUCCGUUUCCUGACACGCAUCGGCUCGUCCAGAGACCGGGGGGGGGGGGGGG